AUGCUCCUCCGCCUCCUCCCGCUCGUCGCUAUGGCACUCGGCGCGCCCCUGGCCCUGAACGCGUCGCAGACGCCGUCGCUCUUCAUCCCGGGCAUCGACAAGGGCGGCACGUCCGAGGCCUACCUCGCCCUCCUCGACGCGGCGCCCUUCGUCGAGGGCGCGACGAAGGAGCCGGGCUGCCUCUACCAGCGCGACGUCGCCGGCUGCUACCGGCGGUCCUUCCCCGAAAGCGGUGCCAGCGUCGACGCGACCCCGAACUACGCGUGGGCGUACCUCGUCGACGCCGCGGCCGCCGCGCGCGCCGCGGCGCCCAAGGCCGUGUCCAUCUUCUUCCUGCGCCGCCCCGCGAAGCGCAUCCGGUCCCUGCACAACUACUGGAAGGCCGACCAGCGCAUCGGCGCGCGCCUCGGCGCCGCGGUGGACGCGCACGUGCGCGUCUGUGUGGAAUUCAACCACUGGUUUGGGUGGUCCUGA